AUGACCGACUUGGACUCGUUGCUAAAUGGGACGGCGGAAACGACGAUAUUCCCCAACGUGACGAACGCCAUUUUUGAGGACGAGUUCUGUCCAAAUGAUCGCUCCCUGCUCGAUGAGCCGCAGAUCAGAUACACGUUCUGGGCGCUGUACAUCCUCGUGUUUUUCGCCUGUUUGAUAGGAAAUCUUUUUACAAUGCUCGUCCUCUGCACCCAUCCCCAGAUGCGGACGCCCACCAAUUUUUUCCUGGCCAAUUUGGCGGGCGCUGACCUGCUCGUCGCCCUGUUUUGCAUCCUCCAGAAUAUGGUACACAUCGUUGGCUACGAGAAUGGACGCUGGUUUUUUGGCGAAGUAAUCUGCAAGAUCUACCUCUACGUGCUUCAUAUGGUUCCGUGCACGAGUGUCGGUGUGUGGACAAUCUCCCUAAUUGCAAAUUUCCCCUACCUACGCACCGCCCAUCUCUAUACGUGGGGCAACGUCUCCGCGUGUGGACGGAACGAUACGUUCAGGCAAGACGUGCUGGUGAUCACCUCGUUCAUCUUGUGGUAUCUAAUCCCGGUGCUGAUGAUGGCAUUCAUUUACACGCGAAUUGGGCUGGUGUUGUGGAAGAGUGGGCGGGGCGUGAGCAACAGGGCCAGCACUGACUCCCAAGUCUCAAAUGGCGGCGCCUCGUGGCAUAUGAGCAGCGGCCGGGUGAUCGUCUACCAGCAAAAUAGCUUACUACAGGUGCCAGACCAGGACCAGCGAAGAGUGGUCGACAGACGCAGAGGAAUGAAGGAGAGCAGACGGAAGGUCAUUCGUCUGCUCUUCGGAAUCGUGCUCGCCUUUGCUGUGCUCACACUGCCAAAUCACGCCCGGUUGCUCCAUUCAACCUUCUCCCGGUCCCAAACUUGCCUCUGGCACUGGACAAGCCUCGUCCAACCAAUGUCCUAUCUUCUCCUCUUCGUCUCUUCCACCAUCAACCCGAUUCUCUACGCUUUUCUGUCCAAACGAUUCCGCCUGGCUGCUCAGGACGUUUUGCGAUGCCGG